GACGGGUCGAGGCAGCGUGAUGUUGAAACGCUGCCGUGCUCCUUCCAGAAUCUGCUCUCCGGUUACUCCCUGGUCACCGGUGUAAACCACGAAGGAGACGCCGGGGUAUCUGGAGCAAAGAGGUCUGGGAGCAUGCAGAUCUUUCACCGUCGGAGGGAAAGUUUUGGGCGGGACAUGUCCAAAAGCGGCCAGAUGUGGUCAGAAGACAUGAGGCCUCUGGGUAUAAAAGAGCAGCAGGGUUUGAUUUGAAUAGAUGCGUCGUCGCUCUGCUUUCGGUGCCGACUCACUACGCUGCCUGUCAAGUGUUGAGCAGCACAGCAGCCAGACGGACCGGCUGGGGAAGAGAAAGACAGACAGACAGACGAGUAACCACCCUCCACGCCCAGACGUCACCUGCUGCCUCGCUGCACCUCUCAGUUUCAGAUUCUACUGCUGAUUCAGGUUCCCAACAUGGCCGCCACGCCGAUCUCCCCGGAGGAGCUGGAGGAACUUAGAGAAGCUUUCGCCAAGAUUGAUGUGGACAACAACGGAUUUAUCAGCAAACAAGAGCUCAAUGACCUCUUCAAGGCCGCCAACCUGCCGCUGCCGGGCUACAGAAUCCGAGAGAUUGUCCAGGAGUUGACCCAGACCAGCGACAACCUCACCUUCGAUGAGUUUGCUAAUAUCGUCCAUGGGCUGAAGAGCACCGAGGUGGCAAAGACCUUCAGGAAAGCGAUCAAUAAGAAGGAGGGAAUCUGUAACGUGGCAGGAACCUCGGAGCAGUCUGGAACCCAGCACUCCUACUCAGAGGAGGAGAAGGUGGCCUUCGUGAACUGGAUCAAUAAAGCUCUGGAGAAGGACGAAGACUGUAAACAUGUUCUGCCGAUGGAUCCCAACGGCAACGACCUGUUCACCGCCAUGGGAGACGGAAUCAUCCUCUGUAAAAUGAUCAACCUGUCUGUCCCCGACACCAUCGACGAGAGAACCAUCAACAAGAAGAAGCUCACACCGUUCACCAUCCAGGAGAACCUGAACUUGGCUCUGAACUCUGCGUCGGCCAUCGGCUGCCACGUGGUGAACAUUGGAGCAGAGGACCUGAAGGAGGGCAGGCAGCACCUGGUCCUGGGUCUGCUGUGGCAGGUCAUCAAGAUCGGGCUGUUCGCCGACAUCGAGCUCAGCAGGAACGAAGCUCUGAUCGCUCUGCUGCGUGACGGCGAGAGUCUGGAGGAUCUGAUGAAGCUUUCCCCCGAGGAGCUGCUGCUGCGUUGGGCCAACUAUCACCUGGAGGAGGCCGGCUGCGGGAAAAUCAACAACUUCAGCUCCGACAUCAAGGACUCCAAGGCGUACUACAGCAUCCUGAACCAGGUGGCACCCAAAGGAGACGAGGAGGGAAUCCCCCCCAUCGCCAUCGACAUGUCAGGAAUCAGGGAGAAAGAGGACCUGAAGCGAGCCGAGUGCAUGCUGGAUCAGGCCGACCGGCUCGGCUGCAGGCAGUUCGUCAUGCCGGCAGACGUCGUCCGCGGCAACCCCAAGCUCAACCUGGCCUUCGUUGCCAACCUGUUCAACAAGUAUCCGGCUCUGAAGAAGCCGGAGAACCAGGACAUCGACUGGAGCUCCAUCGAAGGUGAAACCAGGGAGGAGAGAACCUUCAGGAACUGGAUGAACUCUCUGGGAGUCAACCCUCGAGUCAACCACCUCUAUGCAGACAUCGAUGAUGCUCUGGUCAUCUUCCAGCUGUACGAGAAGAUCAAGGUUCCGGUGGACUGGGACCGAGUCAACAAACCUCCGUACUCCAAACUGGGCAGCAACAUGAAGAAGCUGGAGAACUGUAACUACGCUGUGGAGCUGGGCAAAGAAAAGGCCAAGUUCUCUCUGGUGGGCAUCGCAGGUCAAGAUCUGAACGCUGGGAAUCGAACGCUCACCCUCGCUCUGCUCUGGCAGCUCAUGAGGAGAUACACCCUGAACAUCCUGGAGGACCUCGGCGACGGUCAGAAAGUCACCGACGACACCAUCGUGUCCUGGGUCAACGACGCGCUGACUCAGGCUGGAAAACCCACCAUCUCCAGCUUCAAGGACGGCUCCAUCAGCAGCAGCAUGCCGGUUCUGGACCUGAUCGACGCCAUCCAGCCCGGAUCCAUCAGAUACGACCUGCUGAAGACAGAAGACCUGACGGACGAGGAGAAGCUCAACAACGCAAAGUACGCCAUCUCCAUGGCCAGGAAGAUCGGCGCCAGAGUUUACGCGCUGCCCGAGGACCUGGUGGAGGUCAAACCCAAGAUGGUGAUGACAGUGUUCGCCUGCCUCAUGGCCCGAGGCAUGAAGAGAGCCUGAAGACCAGAAUGUGAGACGAAGACGAGGAGAUGAACAAUAGAGAGACGGUCUAAAGAUGUGAAAUAUUGCUGAAUUUGUCAGUAUUUCAAGUUUUGGUAGCUCAUUAUGCAGAAAUGUGGGAAGCGAUGAAGUUGUGCUGGCUGACGGGGAUUUAAAGAGGAUUGCUUUUCACCACAUCCCGCUUAUCUCUCAGCAGUUCUACUCUCUUGUAACACUCAAUCUGUUCAUCAGUCUGGUCAAUCUGACGUUCAAGGCGCCCUUCCUCCUCUCUCACUGCCACAAUGACCUCUGAUUUUAUCUUCACCUGUCGUAUCUCCUUUUGAAACUCUUCCCACUCCUUGUCCAUUCGAUCCUUGGGGGUGUCAAUGUUGUGCACUUUGGCAUCCCUAACUGGAUCGUGGAAAAAACCUUCAGGUAACGCUUCGGCUGUGUUGUUUUUCUUUUCAGGGAUCUUCUCCUGCAUCUCUGCUUUGAGGAUAGAUUCUGAUUGGGAGCAAUUUUGGCUGACAUUCAUUUAAAACCACAACUUCCUCGCUUCCCACAUUUCUGUUGUACAAAGUGUACUUUUCAAGCUACCAAAACUUGAAAUGUUGAUGAACUCAGGUGGUUUUUGGCAGGAUUAGGGGAAGAAACCUUCAUAUUAAAAGCAAUUUAAUGCAUCAUGAUAAGAAGAAGGUCUUAAAUUGUGCUUGGUGAAGUCUUAAGCAUCCACCCAGUGGGAUUUCUGCCUUAAAAUUUAUAUUUUUUUCAGGACUAAAAGCUCAUCAGUAACUAAUUUUCAUCUUAAUCAAUAAAUAAGUUUCUGGUUCUAGAUUGUGGAAGUACAUAAAAACUGACAGAAGGCAGAAAAAGGCCUUAAAGAACAUAAAUAAAUGAAUUUUAAAAAAGGAAACAGUAUUAUAUGACUGUGUUGACCUUUUUUUCUGAUCUUCUGUCAGUUUCAGGCUUUUUAUCGCCUUUAAAAAUUAAGAAUUUUAUUGUUUUUUAGCCAUUAGUCAUCAAGUGCAUCUUUAAAAAGAACUAAUAAUGAAGUAUUUCUCCUCUCUUUGCUGCACUGUCAUUGUUUUUUUGUUUUCUAAAGUCCUCGGGUUAUUAUUUUCUUCUGUAAAUGUACAAGGUGUUUUCUGCAGCAGAUUCAUCACAUUUUUACUUUUUAUUUCUUGUGCCAGAUCAGGACAUUUAUGCCAAAUGUACACAACAAAUAAACUGAUUUUUGUACUAAAA